AUGUCAAUCACGGCGUAUAAUUUCUUCCGCGUCUCUCCCCCGUCUCUCCCCCCGUCUCUCCCUCUCUCUCCCUCUCUCUCCCCUCUCUCCCUCUCUCCCCCUCUCCUCUCUCCCCCGUCUCUCCCCCGUCUCUCCCUCUCUCUCCCUGUCUCUCCCCGUCUCUCCCCGUCUCUCCCCGUCUCUCCCCGUCUCUCCCCCGUCUCUCCCCGUCUCUCCCCGUCUCUCCCCCGUCUCUCCCCGUCUCUCCCCCGUCUCUCCCCGUCUCUCCCCGUCUCUCCCCGUCUCUCCCCGUCUCUCCCCGUCUCUCCCCGUCUCUCCCCGUCUCUCCCCGUCUCUCCCCGUCUCUCCCCGUCUCUCCCCCGUCUCUCCCUCUCUCCCCGUCUCUCACUGUCUCUCCCCAUCAUCAGCAGAGCUUCCUAA